AUGGCGUCUAGCAGCAAGGGCAAACGGAGUGGUGUGACGGCGGCAUCGUUCCUUGACCUUAAAGCUGAGUUAUUGAAGAAGAAAGAAGAGCUCAAGAUUGCCAAGGCUUCUGGUGUGACUCAAGUCAAGGGCCUCACGCUGAAAGGCAUCGGGGCCGUGAAGAACACUUCAAAAUGGGACCGGCCCAAUCGAGGCGUGCGGGCGCGGAUCGUGCGCGACGUUGAACAGGAGAGGUUGAGUCAGCCGACAUUGGAAAACGCACGGGCCGCACUAGAAAGGAAAGCUAAGAUUUACGAGAAAUUGAAGAAGGGGAAAACCGGAGGGUUGACAGAGAAGCAAUAUGAUCAACUGUUGGUCGAUUUUGACAAUGUAUCAGGGGAUGAGUAUGAAUCAGAUUCGGAUGAUGUUGACGAGAGUGCAACGGUGCCUCGACCUACGAUGGAUGAUGAAAAUGAUCCUGUUGUGGAGUAUGAGGAUGAGUUUGGGAGAGUACGGACAGCUAGAAGGAGUGAGGUCCCUCGACACUUAGCCCGAAAGUCACCAGAACCAGACUCUUCCGAAUCCGACCCACAUGUUAUUUAUGGUGAUCAAAAUUACUACCCUAUAUAUACGCCUUCCGAAGAACGUGUCAAAGAAAUAGAGGAAAAGCUUGCCGCCGAUACGGCUUCACCAGCUACCCAUUUCGAUGCCUCACGAGACAAUCGUGCACGAGCCGCAGGUUUCUACCAAUUCUCCGCCGACGAAGAAACACGAAAGCAGCAAAUGGAAAAUCUUCGAAAGGCUAGAGAAGAGACACAGAGGAAGCGGGCUGAACUUGGCGAGUACAACGAGGAUGACGGCGAACCUUCAAAUCCAGGCACUGGUUCUGGUGAUCCAUUAGAAAAGCCGAUACUAAGUGGGCGAGGUAUCCAGAAGCGGAAACGAGAUAUCGAGGAGCGUCGGAAAGCUAUCGAAGCCAAACGGCGGAAGAAAGACGGUGGGACUACAAACGAUCCUCCAAAUGCCCAGCUUUCUGCACCAGUACCACCGCUACCGGAGCGCAACGCGGCAGACGACUUCUUGGCCAACUUGGAGGCAGACUUGAUAUCACGGAAGGGGUAG